AUGGCAGGUGAACAAAAUUCAGUGGAAAUACCCAUGUUGGGUAAAAUUGAUGAAAAAAAGAGAAAAGAUAGGGAGGUAAAUGAGACAAGAACUGGAUGCAAAGCUCAUAUUCGUUUCAAGAAAACCAAAGAAGGAAGUUUCGAAGCUGUUACACAUGAGUUGGAGCAUAAUCAUGAAUUGGUUAUAGCAGUUCAACGUCAUCAUCUAAGAUCAGAAAGGCAAAUAUCAGCACCAAUGGGUGAACUAAUUGAAAGCAUGGUUGAAAGUGGUAUCAAACCAAUGGAUGCUUACAAUUAUAUCACCAAUGAAGCUGGAGGAAAAGAAUGUGUAGGUCAUACUAAGAGAGACCACCUUAACUAUGUAUCAAGGGUGAAAAUGAGUAUGGUUGAAGGUGGAGACAUGCAGAAUGUAUUAAAUACCCUUCAAGAGAGAGGAGAUAAUGAUCCUUCAUUCUUUUAUAGACUGAAAUUUGGAGAAGAAAACAAUGUGGUGAACUAUUUUUGGCGUGAUUCUCAAAUGCUUGAAGAUUUCAAAGCCUAUGGUGAUGUUUUAAUCUUCGAUACAACAUACAGAACAAACAAAUGGGUUGAUAUGUGCACCAUUUGUUGGUAUAAACUGUCACUGGAGAACAACAAUGUUUGGAUGUGCAUUCAUAAGUGA